AUGGCAGACCAGGAAGACAGAGGAGGUCCAGGCGGAAGUGAGCCUGGCCAACCACAACCAUCUUCAUCGUCUUCACCAAGACCACCAGCGUAUACUGGACCAUUUUUAUUCGUCAACAAGAACGCCACAAACCUUCGUACUCGCCAAAGAGAUGAAGUUUUCGCCGUGAGGAGCCAUGCAAUGCAAAUUGCGCGACGCUCGAGGAAGCAGAAUAAGGAGGAUCCAGUUCAACCAAUGCACGAGAACAUGCCUGAAGAGGUUGAUCAGGCUCAGCAUGGAGAAAUCGAGGGGCCCGAACAACGACCAUCAACGCGGCGAACAGAACGGAGGGCGAUUGGGCAGGGACAGUCUGUGUCGAGAACUCAGGCGUGGCGGUCACAGAGACCUUCAACCGCCCAGCCUCAUCCCACCACUUCUCGCCGCACUUCGAGCCAGCUUCAACCGGGUGGCAUCUCGUCGGCAACGCGAGACCAAGCUGAUGCGACCGCUGCGACUUCGCUCUCACAAAUUCUGGCAUCUAUAACGCGCCACGCCGUUGGGUCUGCUCCUUCCACACCACUGGGAUCUGGUCCAUCAGAUCCAUUCUCUGCGGCUGCUCUGCCGAUCUCGGCUUUCUUCAAUUCCCUCCUCCAAUUCUGGCGACUCGGAUACAUGGCCAACUUAUGGCCUGCGGCCGUUUAUAUGGACCCGAGCCAUGAGGUUCCACAACUUGUUGACGGCUGGAUCCGUGAUGUCGUGACGCCAAACCCUGCAAUGCUGCAUGGGUUAUUCGCCGGCACACUGAGCUUCAUUACCAGUUACCUCCCGGCCUCAGAAGCCACGCCGGUGCUGUGGGCAAGAGGAAUGCACCACCAUGGCAAAUGCCUGGAAUUCACCAGGUCGCGCCUCACCAUGCCGAAUGUGAAUGGCGAAGAAGCCCUGGGCAUGAUUCACCAGUCAACAACCUUCAGUUUCCACUGUGGAGAUUUUGACGCCAGCAGUGUGCAUCGUGUUGCAAGUGCUCGCAUCCUCGAUACAUUGGAAAAUGGCCUGGACAGUGUACAUCCGGUCCUCAAGUCUCUUCUCAUUAUCUGUGACACACUCAUAGCCAUGCACAAGCCAAAACGCCCUUCGCUGGACAUUGAGUCCUGGACGCCCGGAUCCUGGCACGAUGAGGACAUGCUCAGACCGUAUGACGAUGAAUUCGAUUUCGAUCCUUCUGACUACUCGCAGAGUGACCGACAAGUUUUACUCUUCAGGGAGCAAAUCUACGAUUCGGAGACGGGAGACAUCGCCAUCCAAGUGCAGGGAAUGAUCAAUCUGCAACGGGAGGCUCUCUGUGCUUGCGAAAUCGCGGCACGGCUAACCAUAAGCGAAGGCGUCGCAAGUGCAGAUCCCAUCUACCACUGGCUUGCAUUCCGACAUUAUGCUUUGGCAAGCCGUUGCGCCAAUCUGUACAUGGAUAUGGUGGAAAAUGAGCCAGAGCCACACACAGCCCCGCUACCUGAGCACCUGCAAAGUGUGUUCCCCAGUUGCAUCCUGCUCGCAACAAGUUAUACUUUCCAAUUGAUCAUGCGAUGCAGUAUGGGUGGUUGGUCGUUGUCAUACAUCCCAUUCCAUCACCUCCGCAAUCGGUUGACGUUGAUGAUGACUCUUAUGGGAGAAGGAAGAAGAAUGCAACUUCAAGAGAUGAUGCACAUUCCAACUGAAACGCUGCUUUUCCUCUUCUUUGGAGGCGCCGUUGCAGAGGAGAUUAUGGAGCAGCAUGUGCGAUCUUCACCUGUGGAGUCUGGCCAAUAUGCAGCAAUAUCCUCGACUGCAGCACCCGCAAAUCUCUUGCACUUGAGAUGGUUCAGUGUACAUUUCUGUAUGGUGCUGCAAAGACUCGGUAUUACAGACUGGGAGGCAGCAAAACACAUGUUGACCAAGUUCGUGUACGAUGAGCGGACGAUGGAUGGACAUGUGCAGGUUCUUGUCGCUAAACGGUCGGAGUUUCUCGGUGUGCUCUCGGUUGGAGGUCGUGGUAGAAGUGAAGUGCCUCAAAGUGCUAGCCAGGUUGGAGGGAGCCUUCUAGUAUCGAGGAGAAAUUCUUUAGGCCAACAAAGUGGUGGCGCGGUUGCCGAUUCAUCUCCGCAGCACUUCCCUCAACAUUCACGUUCUGAGUCCCAGCAAUCUGUGCCAGCGAUUCCGCCAGUCUCUGCCCUGAGCCCAAUCACCGGGCCAGAUUUUGCGGCAGGAUUUUGGGAACACAUGGGCCUGGGAAUGGACUUGGAUGCGGAUGAAGAGGAAAAUGAAGAUGGAGGCGAGCAGUGGUCGAACUUGAUUAGAGAGACAUGA